AUGUGCCGUUUUGUCGUUUGUGAAUGGUUAAGAAACCUGCCUACGCCAGAUUUUGCUAAUGUAUGGUCUCCGUUCUUUUCAAGUCCUUUCAUUCAUAACAAACAGCUAUUGGAAAAGCCAGCUACAGUUGGCUAUCGUGUAAAUCCUUGCAUCAUUUGGCCUGUCCGUAUACAUGCUAUGACGUGCCAUUUGAAAAGGGCUGUGCAGAAGCGAUCUGAAACAACAACACAACAGUCAGGACCGUUUCAUAUUCUAGCUAAUAUGUUAUUUUAUGCUUAA